AUGGUCGUGUCUUCUCUUUUUCAUCCUUCAUUCUCCACCAUUGUUUUCACCGCCGCUAAACCCAUCCACAAAAACCACCGCUCAGUCACUAUCUCCGCCGCCAACGACAACAUCAAAGACAAAGCCCGCCGUCACCCCACCGCCGCCAACAACUUCACCGCCAAAUACGUCCCAUUCGGCGCCAGUUUCGAUUCCGAUGAAUCCUACUCACUCGACGAAAUCGUCUACCGUAGCAAAUCCGGCGCUCUCCUCGACGUCCAUCAUGACGUGGAAGCACUCGCGAAGUUCGAUGGCGCGUACUGGCGCAACCUCUUUGACUCGCGCGUCGGGAAAACCACGUGGCCUUAUGGUUCUGGUGUAUGGAGUAAAAAAGAAUGGGUACUACCGGAGAUUAACUCCGAUGACAUCGUUAGCACUUUCGAAGGUAACUCUAACCUCUUCUGGGCUGAACGUUUUGGCAAACAGUUUGAAGGCAUGAACGAUCUUUGGGUUAAGCAUUGCGGUAUUAGCCAUACUGGAAGUUUCAAGGAUCUCGGAAUGACCGUUCUCGUCAGUCAGGUGAAUCGUCUCCGGAAAAUGAACCGUCCGCUCGUCGGAGUCGGUUGUGCCUCCACCGGUGAUACCUCAGCUGCACUCUCAGCUUACUGUGCUGCAGCUGGAAUCCCUUCCAUCGUGUUUCUUCCGGCGAAUAAAAUCUCCACCGCGCAGUUGAUUCAACCGGUUUCGAACGGUGCAUUGGUUCUUAGUAUUGAUACUGAUUUUGAUGGAUGCAUGAAGCUUAUUAGGGAAAUAACUUGUGAAUUGCCUAUUUAUUUGGCGAAUUCACUUAAUAGCUUGAGAAUUGAAGGACAGAAGACUGCUGCUAUUGAGAUUCUGCAGCAGUUUGAUUGGCAGGUGCCUGAUUGGGUGAUUGUUCCGGGUGGAAAUUUGGGGAACAUUUAUGCAUUUUACAAGGGUUUCAAAAUGUGUAAAGAUUUGGGUCUAGUUGAUAAGAUUCCGAGGCUUGUUUGUGCUCAAGCAGCGAAUGCAAAUCCUUUGUAUUUGUAUUAUAUAAAUGGGUGGAAAGAAUUUAAAGCGAUUAAAGCUGAAACAACGUUUGCUUCGGCUAUUCAGAUUGGUGAUCCGGUUUCGAUUGAUAGAGCUGUUUAUGCGUUGAAGAAUUCGGACGGGAUUGUGGAGGAAGCUACUGAGGAGGAAUUGAUGGAUGCAAUGGCGCUCGCUGAUUCGACUGGGAUGUUUAUAUGUCCUCAUACCGGUGUGGCUUUGACGGCUUUGAAUAAGCUUAGGAAAUCCGGGGUUAUAGGAUCUAGUGAUAGGGUUGUGGUUGUUAGUACCGCGCAUGGAUUGAAAUUUGCGGAUAGUAAGAUUGAUUAUCAUUCUGGGAAUAUUCCUGGAAUGGGUAGAUUGAAGAACCCGCCUGUUAGUGUUAAGGCUGAUUUUGGUUCUGUUAUGGAUGUGUUGAAGGAUUUUCUGUUGAGUAAGACACCAAAGUAG